AUGGGUUGGGCGGCAGCGCCGCCUUCUCCGCCGGCGGCGGCGGCCUCCAAGAGCGGGCCGGGGGGGGACAUCAACCCGAGCAUCCUCCUCAUCAUCGUGAUCCUCUCGGUUAUCUUCUUCAUCUCCGGUCUCCUCCAUCUUCUGGUUCGCUUCCUCCUGAAGCCGGCUACCAGGAACGCGGAGGAGCAGGAGAGCGCGACGGCGCUGCAGGGCCAGCUGCAGCAGCUCUUCCACCUCCACGACGCCGGCGUUGACCAGUCCUUCAUCGACACCUUGCCGGUGUUCAUCUACAAGGCCAUCGUCGGCGCCAAGGAUCCAUUUGACUGCGCCGUCUGUCUCUGCGAGUUCGAGGCCGAUGAUAAACUCCGGUUGCUGCCCAAGUGCAGCCAUGCUUUCCACCUCGAGUGCAUCGACACGUGGCUCCUCUCCCACUCCACCUGCCCACUCUGCCGGAGCAACCUCCUCCCCGACCACUCCGCCUGCGGCGGCAUCGGCGGCGGCGCCGUCCUCGUCCUCGAGUCCGCCGGGGAGAGCUCCAGGGAGGUCGCCGGAGACAGAGACGCCGGCGGCGAGGAGGAAACGGUGUCUUGUACGGAGGAUGCUGUCCAGAAGGGGGAAGAGGAACCCACAGGGGCGGAGCUGAAGGUGGUCUCCGUGAAGCUCGGCAAGUAUAGGAACGUCGACGGCGGCGCCGCCGCCGCGGCGGGCGGCGGCGAAGGGAGCAGCUCCCUGGACGAAAGGCGGUGCUUUUCGAUGGGUUCCUUCGAGUACGUGAUGGACGAGACGUCGCGGUUGCAGGUGGCGAUAAAGCCGCCGGCGAGGAAUCCGGCGGCGAAGAACCCCGGCCACCGGCUCGCCAUGUCCGAAUGCGACUGGAGCUCGAGGAGGGAAGGGUUCAAGGGGUUCGAGCAGCUGGCCAGAAGCGGCGGCGGCGGGGCUAUCGCCUCCAAUUCUCAGCGGGUGGAGAGCUUCUCCAUCUCGAAGAUCUGGCUGCGGUGGCCGAGGAAGGACAAGCCAGAGGCCGGCGAGGGGCCACGGAGGGCCGUCUCCUUCCGGCUAUCGGCGCCGCAUUCGGUGGCGGCGGCGGCCGUGGAGGAGCAGAAGGCGAAUUGCGGCAGCAGCCGGAGGAGUUCCGACGCCUGCUGGGAAAAGAACGGCAGCGAGUUCGGGUUCGACGUGGAGGCCGGGAGCUGCGACGGUGGCGCUGCCGUCUCCCGGGCCGGGGAGACGCCGUCCUUCGCCCGCAGGACCCUCCUCUGGCUCGUCGGCCGGCACCACAAGGUGGUCAACCACGUCUAA